AUGUGUGCCAAGGGAUAUUACCCACAGCUGUUUGCAUCACUCAUAGCGAGGACUGCAAAGGAUAUCGACGUCCUGAUCGACUCCCUGCCAAGUGAAGAAGCUUCUCCUGAGCUGCAGGCGGCCAACCUUAGGCGGCUAGAAGUAGAGAACCAGGAGGCAGCCCGGCGCCUGGAGGAAGUGGUCCAGCAGGGGGAGGCGCUCCUGGAGCAGAUCCAGAAGGCAUUGCACGACAUCGCCGAGUCGCAGCUAAGCAUGCAGCACCUGGACGAGGCUCCGCCCAACUGACUAGUCGUCCAGUCGCACAUCGGCUGCACUGUUCUCAUCAGCACGUCCCAAGCUUUUAGAACUGUGACCUCUAGAGAGCCUCCCAUGAGCUGCCCCCAAUCUCGGACUCUGUAAUACGGGACUCGGAGUGCACUUUUUUGUCCUGGGCUCAGCCUGGUGACGUGGUUGUGUGGCAUUUCUCACUGCUUCAGCACAUGUAUAUAAGUUCCUUUUUAUUUUUUUCCCCCUGUUCCUUGUUAAGUAGUGACAUAAAAACAUGUUUUUUUCACAGGUG